AUGCCAACAACGAACAUACUGGGUCCGGCCAAGCCACGUAGAAGAAAAAAUACUGAUUACACACAGACUAAGCAAAUACGAAAUACUGAGAGCCACACGGCCACUCGUCAGAUUCCCGUCAUUAUACAGGCAGAGCUACAACGCAACAUGCAGGCUCAUCAUGUAGCUCGUGAAAACCCUAUCUUCCGGGAUACAGAGGAGCAGCAAGACACGCAGGCUCACCGUGCAGCUCGAGAAAACUCUAUCUUCCGGGAUACAGAGCAGCAGCGAAAUACGCAGGGUCACCGCAUAGCACGGGAAAACCCAGUCUUCCGUGAUAUAGAGCAACGGUGUGAUACCCAGGCUCACCAAAUAGCUCGCGAAGAUUCACAUUAUUCACAAAUUGAACGAGCUAGAGACACCAGAGCUCGACAAUCGGCGCGUUGUAAUUCUAUUAAUGAUUGGGAUAAUGUUAAACGAAAAUAUUUUGAUAACACCAAGGAAGGAUACAAUCAUCCUUGUUCAUGUUGUGGUAGAUUAUGGCACAAAAAUCCUGAGAGCAAUGUUGAUGAGAUCCCUGAUGUAAAUCCUGGUGGCACAGAAACUCUGUUAGAUGAAAACCAAGACCUAACAAUAGUUAUGGCUCCAGGAGAAGGUGAAAGGCCAAUUUCCUUGCUUUUUGAUCGACAUCUGGAAGAGCUGGCCUUCAUAAAAGUACAUUGCGCUAUUGAGCGUAAAUACCUCGUGAACUUAAGUCAUUCUGAAGUCACACGUUCAGAAAUUUCCAGAAAUGACGGGCGAGCUGUAAGACCUGAUUACCUAUUUACUGCCCUGAAAAAGCAACAAACUAUUGCCGUCAAAAAUAAUGUUACGACCUGUUUACGCAAGAAAACUGCCAGAGGUGCCCCUGUAUUUGCAUGUAAUGUGCUUCAAAAUAAUUUUGUUGACAAUUUAGUUCAACAUGACGAUGGGUAUCGUGUUCUUGGAGGAAUUAGAAAUUCUCCUGCUCACUGGGAAAGUGAAAAUUAA